ACAAAAAUACCAUUCCGUUGCUUUGUUUCAUGGUGAAGUGUGUGUUAAAAUAAAUUUCUGUCGAAUUUAAACAAUUGAAAAUGUUUGUUUCUCGACGGAAAGUGGUCUCCUUUUUAGUUUUAGCGUGUGUUGCAGUAGUAACGCUUGGUCAUUCUCAUUCGCACUCUCAUUCGAAUUCAGAAGAACCGCCUUCGUUCAAGUAUUCUAAAAGUGCAAACGAACAAUACAAAAAGGAAACUACAAGACAAGAACAAAAAGCUACAGAACCCAAUUACGACUUGUAUGUAAGAGCCUUAGGCUCUACAGUUUUUAUCAGCAUAGUACCAUUUCUUAUUUUAUUUUUUAUUCCGAUCGACGGAACUAUUGAAAAGCAACCGUUACUCAAGGUUUUAUUGUCAUUCGCGUCUGGUGGGUUGCUAGGAGACGCGUUUUUACACUUGAUACCCCACGCGCUGGUCGCCAGCACCGAAGAGAGUGGCCGUAGUCACAGCCACAGCCACUCGCACGACGACGAGCACCACGAACCGCAUGAUCUCACUGUAGGUCUUGGAGUACUUGGUGGAAUAAUUACUUUCCUUGUUGUAGAAAAAUUUGUUCGCAUGUUUGAUGGUGGUCACAACCAUUCUCAUGCAGGUGGUGAUAAGAAAAAGAAUGAUGAUAAAACCAAGAAAGCUAAGAAAAACAAAAAAGAUGAUAUCAAAAUUGCUGGAUAUUUAAACCUAGCUGCAGACUUUACCCAUAACUUUACUGAUGGAUUAGCUAUUGGAGCUUCUUAUAUUGCUGGUGCAAGCAUUGGAUAUAUCACAACAGUAACAAUACUGUUACAUGAGAUUCCUCAUGAAAUUGGAGACUUUGCUAUACUUGUGCAAUCGGGUUGCUCGCGGAGGAAAGCAAUGCUGUUGCAGUUACUGACUGCUUUUGGAGCUAUAUCAGGGACUAUGAUCUCAAUAUACCUUCAAGGUUCCGGUGAUGGAUUGGUCUCAUCCCUCAUCUUGCCAUUUACAGCCGGAGGUUUUAUUUAUAUAGCCACCGUAUCUGUGAUUCCAGAACUACUAGAAGGUUCAAAUAAACUAUCUCAGUCUAUUAAAGAAAUUUUAGCUCUAUUAGCUGGUGUCUAUAUGAUGGUCCUUAUUGCUAAGUAUGAAUAAGGAGUAAUUCCUCAAAAGAGUAUAAAUUAUUUUUACUUCUCAUGUAUACUUAAACGACUAUCAGUAAAAUGCAUAAAACAUCACAUCAAAUUUCUGAAUGCUUGUGUUAAUUCACCAAUAAAACCACAGCUAAUCAUGUAACUGAUAUUGAUAAGAGUCAGAUGUAAAGGGUGUAUAGUUAAUUAUGUGGUUGGUUUUGUACCAAGCCAAGUCUUGUGAUGUGUGAAAAAUAAAUAUGUAUAUAAUCAUACUGAUUAUAUUGUUUGUUCGUAAUAUAAAGUACUACUCAUAUCACUGAACCACUUUUGUUAUAAGACCUGUAUUCUAACUUUCCAAGUAUUCAUCUUGCAAAUUACAUAUGGCAUUAUAUGGGUCCCAUAGGGAAAGCUGCUCAUUAUCAUGGGUAAAAUCACCUCAUGUAUCACUUUUACUUUUUUUUUACACCUUGUAUAGUGUAUUAAAAUUAACUACCACUUAAGUUCUGUUAUGAGAGGGAUAGUAGUUUUAAUUAAUUCCUAUUUAUGUUACUUAUUAGAAUAAUUUCACAUAAAUACAGCGAUCAAAACACUUCCCCUCUCAUUUCAAAUUACUAAGUUAUGUCUGUCUAUGAUAUCAGACAUGUUUUGUGAAUAGAUCAAAUCAUUUUCUGAAUAAGCAUGUCUUAAUUUUGUUAACAAAUAUACAGGUCAUUGAAUGACAAUUCAAGUACUUGUAUAGUAAUUUCAGUGGCAAUUGUUAUUUAAAUAUUGUAGAAUAUUAUCAUGAACUAAUAUUUAAUAUUUGAGUGUCGUCAACGUGAAAAAAUAUCUAACAUUUAAUGAUACUAUACUCAAAUAUUUAAAUAAGCAAAAUUGCCACUGAAAUUAGGUAGAAAAAACUAAUUGUCCCUAUUGUUGAGUGUGAAUCUCUGUGUUCGAAUAGUAAUAAUCUCUAAUUAUCGAGCCUUUGCAAUAGGGUUAGCUUAAGUAAUUUAAGUGAAUACCAGAUU